CGAGAAUAUACUUUAAAUUUGGAUGAUCAAAAUACCAAAAUUUGGAGUCAAAAUUUAACCCCAAAGUCAAAAUCAACUUGUGGGGUGCAAAUGAUGGAGGUACGGAGCAAACGAAGGAUGCGAUGUGGGAUCGUAUCGAGAAGAAGUUCUUCACGACGAUGAACAAGGACGGCUCCUACCGAACCCGGGACCAACUCACUUCCAAAUGGAGCCACAUCAACAAAAAAGUUCGAAAGUUUAUCGGAGUUUACGAGGAAUGCUCCCGGUCCCGGAGGAGCGGCACGAACGACGCCGAUGUUCUCCAGCUUGCCACGACCCGGUAUCAAGACGACGGGCACCAAGGCAAGGUGCCCAUCGAUCUUUUGAGGAUUUUGAGUCAUUCCCCGAAGUGGCACCAACUCAACAAUCCCGACGGCGGAUCGUUUCGGAAAAGAUCCACCGUCGACGUCGAGGUUGAGGUCGACGAGACUAUCGGUUCUACCGAUCAAAUUCCUCCCUUCAACGUUGCGGAUUCCGAUGACGAGGACCCCAUUUCACGGCCGAUCGGAAGAAAGAAGGCAAAAUCCAUUGCCUCUGGUUCGGGAGAGUCUGCCUCUGUUUCCGCUUCUUCCCGCGACGAAAUCGGCCGGGAAAUGGUUGAACAACUUCGGGCGUUCAAUCUUCGAGAACAAGAGAGGUUGAAGCUAAAGGAGAAGGAGUUGAAGCUAAAGGAGCAGGAGGCCGAGAUGAAAAUCAUGCAAACCGACCUCAGGACGUUGUCAGAGUUUGGACUAAUGAUCUACAAGCAAAGAAUGAGAGAGAUCAAGGAGAAAUAUAAUUUACCUUAGGUUUUUUUAUUAAUGUAUCUUUUUUUAAAUUAUUGUCGCUUUUUUUUAUUUAAUUAAUGUAUUUUUUUAUUAUUCAUGUUUCAAUUUAAUUAAAUACUCCGUAAUAAAUUAAUUACGUUUUA